AUGGCCAGAACGGAACAGGAAAGGCAUGGCAUCCGAAUCCCGGGCCAGGUGCUCGAUCAGAUCCGUGAGAAAGAAGGCUUGAAUGGUGAAGACAGCCGAUUCAAAAACAAACGGAAGCGCCAGGAGAAACCUGUUUCUCGUAAAGAGAAGAGGAAGGAGGAGAGGAAACUCAAAAAGCAGAAAAGGCUGAAACAGCCGCAAAACCACAAUGAGCACAAAGCAGGACCUCUAGCUGCUGCUAAGCAGAAACUUCAAGAAAAGAAGAAAUCACAUCAACCACAAGAUGAUCCAAUGGCUGCGCUUAAGGCUCUCAAGGCUAAAAAGGCUGCACCCAAGACCACACAGAAGGAGGUCAGAGUUGUCAAGGAGGAUGAUAUCGAUGAUGAUUUUAGUGAAGAUGAUGAUCUUGGCGAGGACGAUUUUGGUGGGUUUGAGGAAGAAGAGGAAAGCGAUCCUCUAGCUGCAUUGGCUGCACUCAAGGCUAAGAAGAACAAGACAAAAGAACAGGUGAGAGUGGUCAAGGAGAACGAUCUUGAUGACGAGCUUUCUGAGGGCGACUUUGACGACGAAGACGGUUUCGAUGAGGGAAUGGACGAAGAUGUUGGAGAUUUUGAUGAAGACUUAGACUCUGCUGGUGACGAUUUUGAUGAAAACGACUUCGAUGAAGAAGAGUCGUUGGAGGAGGAAGAGGACCCGUUGGCCAAGCUCAAAGCGCUCAAAGAACAAAAAAACAAAAAGGAGAAAUCCUCUGCCAAGAAGGAGGAAAAGGCUGGUCCAGAAGCCGAUUUCGUGGACCCUAUGGAUAACGACAUCGAAUACUACGCCAAGAAGCUCGGACUCAAGGACGGCAAGAAGGGCAAGCUUUCCAAUGAGGACGAUGGCUUAGACGAUUUGCUAGAUGGUCUUGACUUUGUGGACCAAGAUGGAAGCGAGGAUGCAGAGUCUGACGGUUUUUCAGUCUCGGACGAUUUUGAUUCCGAAGCGUCUGACUCUGAAGAUGAGCCUCGUCGGAAAGAGAAUCCUUUCGUUGCUCCUACAGAGGCCGCCAGUGAUUCUGAAAGUGACCAGGAUGAAAAACCUUCAAAGUACAUCCCUCCAGCGCUUCGAAAGAAGAUGGCGCUUGAAAAACUGACGGUUUCGCCUGAAAUUCUUGCAUUGCAGAAAUCAUUGAAAAGCGCCAUCAACAAGUUAUCUGAAACCAACAUUGGUGGAAUCGCUAACGACAUCAAUGGACUCUUCCUCAACAACCCCAGACAAGAGGUGACUGAGAAUCUUGUGAAUAUCCUUCUCACCAGUGUUAUUCAGCAAGAACGUCUUCUCGACACCUUUGUCUACUUGCAUUCUGCUCUUGUUGUCGCCCUUUACCGUUCACAGGGAGUUGACUUCGGUGCAUACUUUGUUCAGACACUUAUAGAGAAGUAUGACAGCUACAAGAGCGAGGGAAAGAAGAACAAGGAAAUUCUCAAUGUUAUUUCGCUUCUUUCUUCCGUCUACGCAUUUCAUUUGGUUUCCUCGAAGUUGCUUUAUGAUCUUAUCAAGGAGCUCAUUCGUGACUUGUCCGAGGAAACUGCUGAGCACUUGCUCAAAAUCGUCCGUACCUCUGGAAACCAGAUGCGGUCUGAUGAUCCAACCUCCUUGAAGGAGAUUGUGUUGGAGGUGACCAAAAAAUCCAACACCUUGUCCAAAGAUCAAGUCUCUCCCAGAAUGCAGUUUUUGCUUGAGACCAUCACGUCACUUAAAAACAACAAGUUGAAGAACAACAACGAUGCAACCAACCAGCUAGCGCUUCGUUUGAAGAAGUUCUUGGGUACCUAUUCCUCCAGCAAACUCACUGACUCAUUACAGGUCUCUCUUGACGACAUCAGAAGCGUUCACACCAAGGGUAAAUGGUGGCUUGUCGGUUCUGCUUGGAAGGGAAACGAAGACAAAAACCAGGGUGACUUGGUCAACAAGGAAGUAAUGAAUGAUUUCUUGGAUAGUGCCGAGCCCAACUGGCUAGAGCUUGCAAAAGCCCAAAGAAUGAAUACAGACAUCAGAAGAGCUGUUUUCAUUUCCAUCAUGUCCGCAAAUGAUUACGUUGAUGCAAUGACGAAAUUGGACAAGCUUGCAUUGAAAAGGGCGCAAGAAAGAGAGAUUCCAAGGAUCUUGAUUCACUGUGCUGUUGUUGAGCCUGCCUGGAAUCCUUACUACGGUGUUUUGGCCUCAAAGCUCUGUGACAACCACUCAUACAGAAAGACGUUCCAGUUCAUGCUUUGGGACUUGAUCAAAGGCUUUGAUGGUGCCGGUGACGACGAGGAGGAGAUGGAUGUUUUCUCUGGGUUUGAUGAUGACAUGGAGGAUGAUGAAAAGCUCAAAAAGAUACUCAAUUUGGGCAGACUCUUUGGCUAUCUUUUUGCAGAAGGGUCUUUAGCAUUGCAUAUUUUGCGAACCGUGAAUUUUGUGACGGCCAGUAACGAUACGAAACUUUUUUUGGAGGUUUUGUUCAUCACCUUUGUGGACAAUGUGGGCAGAAAGUCACAGGUAAAUGCAAUUGGCAUGGGUAUGAGCCACAAGAAGAGUCUGCACGAACAAAAGUUUGACGACAAAGUCUUGAUUGAGAGAAUUCUCAAGGCUAAGGAGCAGCCUGCUCUUCUUCGAGGCAUCCAGUGGUUCAUUGGCAAGAGAUUGAGAAAUAGUGAUUUCGUCACAGGCAAGAAACAACGCAAGAGAGUUGAAUGGGGUAUCAACGCCAUGCAUGACAUUAUCGAGGAGUUUGCCAGGGAAGCUGAGUUUUAA